CGCCGCGCAGGCAGCCACCUGAUGCGACCAGGCAGCCGGAGAAGUUCUAAGGUUCGAGUCCCAAUACGGGAAUGAGCCUCUUUGAUAUUUUCCGGGGUUUUUUUGGCUUUCCUGGACCUCGGAGAGAUCCCUUUUUUGGAGGAAUGACCCGAGAUGAAGAUGAAGAUGAGGAGGAAGAAGAGGAAGAAGGAGCCACGUGGGGCUGUGAGAGCCCAAGAUUUGAUGGUCCCCAGUCCCCUGAGGAAUUUGGCUUCAGCUUCAGCUUCAGUCCUGGAGGAGGGAUGCGUUUCCAUGAUAACUUUGGCUUUGAUGACCUAGUACGAGAUUUCAAUAGCAUCUUCGGCGAGAUGGGGGCCUGGACCUUGCCUUCCCAUCCUCCUGAGCUUCCAGAACCAGAGAUACCUUGUGAGAGACUGCGGAAGGGACAGACACUUCGGGACUCAAUGCUUAAGUAUCCAGAUAGUCACCAGCCCAGGCUCUUUGGGGGGGUCUUGGAGAGUGAUGCAAGAACUGAAUCCCCUAAGCCAGCACCAGACUGGGGCUCCCAGAGGCAUUUUCAGAGGUUUGAUGAUAUUUGGCCCGUGACCCCCUACCCUAGAGCCAAAGAGGACAAUGAUCUUGAUUCCCAGGUCUCCCAGGAGGGUCUUGGCCCGGUUCUGCAGCCCCAGCCCAAAUCCUAUUUCAAGAGCAUCUCUGUGACCAAGAUCACUAAGCCAGAUGGGGUAGUGGAGGAGCACAGGACUGUGGUGGACAGUGAGGGCCGGACAGAGACUACAGUAACCCGACAAGAAGCAGACAACAGUCCUAUAAGUGAUCUAGAGUCACCAAGACCGCCAGUCCUGGAUGAUGCCUUUUCCAUCCUGGAUUUAUUCCUAGGACGUUGGUUCCGGUCCCAGUAGCCUUCAGAUCUUUUCCACGUCCCAUCAUUUGCCCACUGUCAAUAAGCUUAGCUUCUCCUGCCACCACAGGGGGUUGGGGGUGUGGAAUAGUGAAUUGGGGGUAUGUCAGUAUAUCACCCAGGCUGACCAAUAAAACCUUUAUUUAUGCUAA